GCACUGCGCAGGCUCAGCGACCUCUCGCAACCCAACCUUGGAGGUGGGCGAAGUAUUGCUGGAAGGACUGAGCGCCCUCCCCUUUGAAAAGGGCUGCUUACGCGGGGAGGAAGGAAGCAAGCCUCGGCGGGUCUACUCACGCGUAAACCCCGUUGAGAUCCGAAGAAUUUACUUCUAGGUUCUUUGCGGUGAGAAACACAAAUGUGCCAUGGACUCCGAGUGUGCCCAGCUCCUGCCUUCUGUCUGCGCUCUUCUGGCAGACUCACGGCAACUAGCUUGUGAUGACACCUGUCUGGAGAAGUUGCUCGACUGGUUUAAGACUUUAGCCAAGGGUGGAUCUAGCUUGGCGCUGUUAGAAGAAAAUCCCUGCUUGACAGAGCUGAUCCUUACCGUGCUGAGACAGGAGGAGCCGAAUCCCACCGUCCUUUCCUUCGUCCUGAGACUGACGGGGUUAUUGGCUGCUUCAGAAAGCUGCUUCCAACACCUCCAGCAGGGGGAAGCCGUGCGCCUGGCCUUUGGAGAAGUCGGGCCUCUCAGCAGCGCCUUGUGGGAAGACACCUCCGUGCGCAGCGGUUGGGUGCAGGGCGCUCACGACAUGCUGCGGCACCCCAGCACCUUCCAGUUCUUAUGGGACUCCGGUGCCCUAGACACAGUCGUCACCCUGCAGGAAGACCGUAGCUUAUUCGUUGCCUCAGCAGCCAAUCGGCUCCUUGCAGGCAUGCUCAGAUUCUCUGUGCAGUCGGAGCGUUCCCGUCCUCUCGGCACGGAUGACUGCGAGUGGCCGGCGUGUGCCCGAAGGAUACUGUCUCACCUUGAGGAGUCUCUCCGUUCGGGCUCCGCCUCCCGUGCCAACCACUCCUUGAAGAUGCUCACGACGGUGUUUGACCAGAACCAGGAGGUGUGGACUGAAGUCCUUUGGUCCCGGAUAGCGGGAACGAUCAAGUCCCUUCUCCAGGAGGAGUCAGCCCAGGUGGGACACUCGCUGGUGGACCUCUUUCUGAGCAUGGCGAGAUCUCCCACGUUUAGCUGUCACGAAGGCAGCCUUUGGCAACUGGUUGCGCUUGCCCUGAAACGUUUACACCCGACUCAAGCUGGCCUUCUGGCCCUGGGGCUCCUGAAACUUGAAGAAUGUCCCCAGGCCAUCAAGACCCAAGGCCUGCGUAUUCUGCUCCAGCCAGUGGCCUGCGUUGCCGGAGCCUUCUCUCACUCCUCGGAGCUCUCAGGUUUGCUGGAUCAGCCCCCCCCUGAAACUGCCUCUGUGGAAUCUCUUCUGUCUUCACGGUCUUCGUGCAUCGGUCUCCUGUGUCAGUCUCUGGCUCAUCUGCAGGAAAUCCAGCAGCUGGCCCGCCCGCCUGUGGAUUUCCCCCACAAUCCUUUGCUGCGCGCCACGGUGGCCGUGUUACGGGUCUGUGCCGGCCUGGCAGUGCCGGCCUCCCCCCUGGGAGCAACGAUCGGCGGGAUCCUGAUUGGCUGCUUCCGAGUUCAGCGGGCCACGCUCCAUCUCCUCGGAGCCCUCUCUCGGUGGGCAAAUUGCAACACAUCCCGGGAAGAGAUCUUUGACCUCCUCCUUGUCUACCUGCGGAGUCCGGACACCAGCAAUACCGUUCUGAAGACGGCUUUCCAAGCGACGUUGAAAUGGUGCCUGAGCUUCUUGGAAACGUCGGGCUCCGCCGAUGGCUUCCCGUGGUACGAACGGUUUUUCGAAGAUCUGAUGCCCCUGUUGCAGAAACGCAUGUGCAGUCCCAGAUGGGAAGUCCGGGACUCCACCUUGGAGUUUCUUGCACUGGCGAUGAAACACCUAAAGGGGCAAGAGUGGUUCUGGCAAGCACUGUCCUCCUCGGAAGUGCCGGCACUCACUGAAGUCCUCCUGGACGACCCGGAGAGCUACGUGCGAGCCAGUGCAGUGGAAGCCCUGGGCCAGUUCUCCUUGAUUGCCAGCGCCGGCUCAAAGGUGCCGGGCCUCGACCAUAACGGGAGUUCCAAUGAGGACAGCAUCGCCGCUCGCUUGUUGGAAAUCUUGUCCUCAGACUCCGAGGGCUUCCCCCGCAGAGCUGUGGUCGGCGUCUUCAUCGACUGGCUCCGGGAGGGGCACCCGGCCGUCCGGCGCGACCCCGAACAGUUUGUUUCCCAGGCGAUCCGAGCUGUCCGGGGAGAUUUGGACUGGGAGGUCAAGGUCAGCGGCUUGGAACUGGCAGGCGCUUUCGCCACCCAGUGCUUUUGUCGCUCCGGCUUUCCCGAGUGCCCCUACGCCACCGCUGCCGAUGUCUCUUCCGCCAGCGAGCCUGCCCGUCUCCCUGAGCUUCUGCAGGCCUUCUCCCGAGUGGGACUCUUUGACUUUCUCUUCGGAGCGCUGGGCGACUGCGACAGGCCGGUGGCGCGGAAAGCCUGUGAGAUCCUGAUGGGCCUGAAACAGAAGAUCGGCACAGGCUGCGGCCUGGACAUUUGGCAGAGGUUGGAACUGCAAAGCGGUGCCUUGCUGGAGGAGAGCUGGAGGACGGUAGCGCCCUGGGCGUCUACACUUUCGGGGGGAGAUCAUUCCGAAACGGUCUCCCGAGACCCGAAGCAGGCGUUGGCGAUCUUAGAGGCAGUCGACCUGGAAGAGUUGGAGAGGGCUCUGGGCAGAAGCAGUGAUCACGUGGAGAAAAGCCCCUGCUCGCUUUUGCAAGAUAUCCUCUCCUCAGGUGGGGCUUUGGAAGAGAACGAAGCCGACUGCUACUGAAAAGGGGGCUGCCGUCGUAGCAACGGGGGCAGUUUUCCGGAACACCCCGAUGGUCCAUCCUGUGAUCAAAGUCAAUGCACGGAGCGGGAGAGGGACAAAAAAGCAGCUGAAGCCGCGUGGUGUCCAAGAGAGGUCCAAAACCAGAUGUCAACAUGAGAAAUAGAUAUUCCUUCCAAAGGUGGCUGUGCAAGUUGUUCCUUUCUAAGUCAGCGGGGCUUAGAAGGACAUCAGGCCUGCCCUGACCAAAAUCCAAUUUGGUUAUAGGCCAAAGGGAAGGAUUUUCUGAAAAAUACCCCAGAUGAAUCAGGGAGGUGUUGCUCUUGGAACUUGCUGCCUGCUGUUGCAGGAUUUUCCCAGGAAAUCCCUGGGAAAGCAGUCUCCGAGAGUUUGCUGCACUGGGAGUUUCUUUUGUUACUAAUAAAACCUCAUUUCAAUGCA